AUGCCCUGGAACAUGUCCAUGGCCGUCAUGGAUAAUAUCACACAGCCAAUCUCAUCAUUCCAAGCAUUAGCAGCAGUCGACAGUCCCGAUAUGCGCUGCAACGGUCGAGCUGACUUGUGUGAUUUGCGUUACAACCAGGUGACAUACCCAGCAACUCACAACAGUGCUGCAUACGACCUCAAAUACGAUUGCGCACUAGCCACUGAAACAUGUCUUCAGACUAAGACCGUUUGUACUGCACAGGCACAGAACUGCACGAAAGGAUGGGAGACACGAUGCACCAAGAUGUCAAACAGUUGUCAGGAUCGUCUCCCAAAAUGGAUGCAUUGGCUUUGUGGUGCCUUCUCAUCUGUAUGUGAGUCCACAGAGCAGUUUUGUCUGGGUUGGGAACAGAUCUGUACCAGUAGUCUCGAGGUCUGUACGCUAUGGGGUUCUGCAUGCUUGGAUGUAAUCCCCAACUGGGCCGUCCCAUGUCUAUGGGACAACCAACCGGGACAUCCAAUUUUACAACAACUUAAUGAUGGCAUUCGGUUCCUGGAUCUAGGAACGUGCCUGAUCAACAAUGGUACUCAGAUCGUCAUGUGUCAUGGCUAUGGAGCAACCCGUGCUAUCGGAGUAACACUUGAUUCUGUCAUGAGUCAAAUUCUUGAGUUCAUGCUCGCAAACCCGUACGAGGUCCUGACAAUCGAAUUCAACCAGAAUGACGGUGACGCUGGCGUCAUGUCCAAAUUCAUUGUGGCCAAAAUACUCCAAUACUUUACACUACCGACAGGUCAACUGAUGAUGUGGCCACGCAAAAGUCUUUCAGAUCCAUGGCCAAAACUUCGUGAUAUGAUCUUGUCAAACCAGCGGAUCAUGAUCUUCAUGGGGGAUACAUACUGGUCCAUCCCAGACCCGAAGCCAGAGUGGGCAAAUCAUAAAGACACAUGGAAGCUGGAUGGCUUCAGAUAUACGAGCGAGGAUUCACAGCCAGCAGAGCUGAAUCAGUCAUAUUAUAACUGGUGCACGAAGGGUCCACCCACCGAUGGGUCGUAUGUACUGUGGCAACAGAUGGAUAUCAAUCUUGGUAUUUUGAAGGAUGAUAUUCUGAGAUCAUUGAAGGAAGGCAAGAUCCCGCAGCUAUGCAUUGGUCCAUUGGCAGUGCAGACCAAUUCGGCCUUACUGGAUGCUUUAGCGGAUUAUUGCUACUCUAAAUGGCCAUAUUGGUACCGAGUGCGAGUCAAUCAUUAUUGGGAGGGUAAUCUCUUCCCAGUCGUCAACCGGUAUAAUGAUAUGAAUGUUGCACGGGUCAAAGCAGGCGACUCCAUCACGCCGUUUUAG